GCCAAUGUAAAGCAAUGUUUGUGUGCGUGCAGGUUCCCACAUAAAGCGCGUACCGUUCAGCAUUAAAGAACGAUACUGAUAGAUCGAUUAUACGUUCAGGGAAAGGCCUUCUUGUUGAUUAAUUUCAUUUAAAAUUAUACACCAAAUAGUAGUUCAUUGAAACAUUCAAAAUACAAUAAGAUUGGUCCGUCGUAUCGAUCAUCUGUGACAAAACGGAAAGAGUUUACAGUGGUGUGCGUGAAACGAAACCGAUCGCCGCUCGCGAUCGCGCAGGCUGAUCGAUGUAAACCGGCUUGCAUUGUUGUCAGAUCUUGCGCGAACGACGGACCGCCGUGAUCUCUGUGGUGCGCCCUUACUGUUCUUUCAAUAUUUUCUUAGUGUCGUGGAUAGGUUAAAAAGAUGCCUUUGACCUUUUAAGUUAGAAACUAUUGUUUACAUAUUGUAAAGAGCAAUGAAUCUUCCAAGACAAAUUACGAAACGUUUGCGUGGCUUUUCAUCGGUAGCCAACGAACCCUCGAAAAGGACGGUUAAAAGCUUCGAUGAAAUACCCGGCCCAAGAGGACCGCUCGGACUGGGCAAUCUGUACCAGUACAUACCGGGUAUAGGACGCUACAGCUUCGAUGAGCUGCACCGUUCCGGCGAGGACAAAUACCGCCAGUAUGGUUCGAUCGUGCGCGAAACAAUGGUCCCGGGGCAGGAUAUUGUGUGGCUUUACGAUCCGGACGAUGUGGCGACCGUGCUGGACGAUCGGACACCGGGCAUGUAUCCGUCGCGACGGAGCCACACGGCGCUGGAAAAAUAUCGCAAGGAUCGUCCGAACGUUUACCGCACCGCCGGGCUGCUGCCGACCAACGGUGCAGAAUGGUGGAAAAUUCGCUCCGAGCUGCAGAAGGGCCUCAGCUCACCGCAGAAUGUGCGCAAUUUUCUGCCCGCCACGGACAAAAUAACGAAAGAGUUCGUUACUCGCCUGAGAGCGCAAACGGAGCCAGGCAAAAGCAUCCUAAUAGAGGACUUUAUGCCACUGGUCUCGCGGCUCAAUCUGGAAUUGAUCUGCUUGCUUGCCUUCGACGUACGGUUGGACAGCUUCUCGGAGGAACAGAUGGACCCGGGCUCACUUUCCUCCCGCCUGAUGGAAUCGGCCGAAACGACCAACUCCUGCAUCCUGCCCACCGACCAGGGCUUCCAGCUGUGGCGCUACUUUGAAACUCCUGCGUACAGACGGUUGCGCAAAGCGCAAGAGUUUAUGGAAAUGACGGCCGUUGAGCUGGUGUCCCAGAAGCUGCUCUACUUCAACGAGGACCAGCAACGGUUGGCAAGCGGCGAGCAUGGUUCCAAGUCGCUCAUGGAGGAGUACCUGCGCAAUCCGAACCUGGAGCUGAACGACAUCAUCGGCAUGGCUUCGGAUCUGCUGCUGGCCGGUGUGCAUACGACCAGCUACACCACCGCCUUCGCCCUCUACCAUUUGGGGUUGCACGGGGCCACCGCACAGGACCGGCUGUACCGGGAGGCGAAGAAAAUUCUUCCCGAUCCAAAGGAAAAUCGAAUCGGUGCGGCUGUGCUGGGAUCGGAAGCUUCGUACUGUCGCGCGGUUCUAAAGGAAACGUUACGCCUCAAUCCGAUCUCCAUCGGGGUAGGACGCAUCCUUAAUCGCGACCACGUUCUCGGCGGUUAUCAAGUACCACGUGGAACGGUGAUUGUGACGCAGAACAUGAUUUCGUGCCGUCAGGAGGCUUACUUUCGUGAUCCGCAGCUAUUCCUCCCCGAACGGUGGAUGCGUGAGACAAAGGAACCAGUGCAUCCGCACCUGGUGCUUCCGUUUGGCCACGGUAUGCGCUCAUGCAUCGCACGUCGGUUGGCCGAACAGAGCAUGCUUGUGCUGCUUCUAAGGCUGAUACGUUCUUUCGAGAUUGAGUGGGCAGGAACCGUUCCGAUGGAUGUGAAAACGAAACUAAUCAAUCAACCCGACCAACCGAUAAGGCUACGAAUGAAGGCGAGAACUUCAGAAGGGAGAGAAAGUAGAAAGCAAAUGAGUUAAAUUUAUAAUUACCAAUAUGUGCAAAUAUAGAAUUUAAAGGCCAAAAA